GCUUUACUAUGCCAAGAUUGGGAUUGGAACACCAUCAAAUGAUUAUUAUGUGCAAGUGGAUACAGGAAGCGACAUAAUGUGGGUUAACUGCGCUGGAUGUGAUCAAUGCCCCAGAAGAGGAUAUCAUGGUCUGGAGCUAGCAUUUUACAACCAAAAGGAUUCUCUCUCUGGUAAAGUAGUUUAUUGUGGACACCAGUUCUGCAAGGAUGUAAAUGGAGGCUUGGUGUCAGGCUGCUAUAGUAACAACUCAUGUUAUUUUCGUGAAAGUUACGGAGAUGGAAGCUAUAGUAUGGGCUACUUUGUGGAGGAUGUUGUUCAGUAUGAUCUAGUGUCUGGUGAUCUCCAAACUAACUCAACAAAUGGAACUGUAAUCUUUGGGUGUGGGGGAACACAGUCUACAGAUCUAAGGUCCUCCGAUGACGCUCUUGAUGGGGUUCUGGGAUUUGGGAAAUCAAAUACAUCCAUGCUUUCCCAGCUGUCUUCGUCUGGAAAAGUGAAGAAAAUGUUUGCUCAUUGCUUGGACGGCAAAAAUGGUGGUGGUAUAUUUGCCAUUGGGAACGUUGUCAAACCAAAAGUAACCAUGACAGCAUUAGUACCAAACCAGCAACACUACAAUGUCAAUAUGACGGCUGUUGAAGUUGGUUAUCAACUUCUAAACCUUUCCUCUGAAGUAUUUACAAAUGGAGCGAAUGAGGGAGUUAUUAUUGACAGUGGAACAACCCUGGCUUAUCUUCCUGAGGCUAUUUAUGGGCCACUAGUGAAAAAGAUACUCUCGUGGCAACCUGAUCUAAGAUUGCGUACAGUUCAUGAUGAGUAUACAUGUUUCGAAUACUCUGAAAGUGUUGAUGAUGGAUUCCCUCAAGUCAAUUUUCAAUUUGAAAAUUCUCUUUCUUUAAGAGUUCGUCCACAUGAGUAUCUAUUCCCUUUCGAAGACUUAUUUUGCAUUGGAUGGCAAAAUAGUGGUAGUUUAUCUCGUGACAAAUGGAACCUCACGGUUUUUGGAGAUUUGGUUCUCUCGAAUAAGCUGGUGUUGUAUGAUCUUGAAAAGCAGGCCAUUGGUUGGACCGAGUAUAACUGCUCAUCGAGCAUUGGAUUGAAGGAUGAAAUUACUGGUUCAGUACAUUUAGUAGGCGCUCACUCUCUGUCAGGUGCUUCUAGUUUGACUGCUCAAAUGGCUCUAACCUUCUUGUUACUAGUAGCUCUGCUGCAAUAUUCUCUAUUUAGCGGGCAAAGCUGACAUGAAUAUUAGCUCCCGGUACUUGAGACUCGGGUUAGGCAGCUUUUAUACUGAAAGGGAUUCUUCAAGUAUUUACACAGCACAGCGAUUCACCGGAUGUCAAGUAGGAGUGUGCAUAUUUUACAUACAGGAUUGGCUGAUGAUAGGAAAACUAAGAUACUGAACUUGCGAAGGCGCUUUUUUAUUUGCUUUAUAGAACAAUUACUAGACCACUCCAUUUUUGCAUGAAGUUGGGUUGUAAAACACAUGAUGUAAAUAGAUCUCUGUACAUAUAUCUUGAUUCUUACAAUAUCCGGGACAACUAUGUUGCUCGGACUCUUUGAAAAUAUCGACAGUUGGGUGUCAAAUCCUCCAAAAGCAAUGCAUUUUUGGAGGAUUCGAGCAACAUAGCUGAAUAGGCGUCAGUUCUUCUGUGCUUCCUUCUUAUAAUAUUAUAGUUUUUGAGUUGUUGUUUGAA